AUGGGUGCGUUGCUGUCUUUACCGUUAAUGGCGGUACCGAGUAUGGGCACGGUCAUAGGCUUUGCUGCCAGUUGCUGCGGUGCAGCAACAUGCUCAGCUGUAUGCAGCGCCUGUGGGAAAUGCGGCAACAGUGUCGCCACCCGCAUCGGAUACGCCCUCAUACUCCUCGUUAACUCGAUUCUGUCUUGGAUAAUGCUUACCCCGUGGGCCAUCAAGAAGCUCGAACAUCUCAUGCUCGAUUACGUCAAGAUUGACUGCCCCAACGGUCAGUGUUACGGUUGGAUGGCGGUCCACCGCUUCAACUUUGCCCUGGGCCUCUUCCAUCUCAUCUUUGCCGGCCUCCUUUUUGGUGUCACGUCUUCCAAGAAUCCACGCGCCGCCAUUCAAAAUGGUUACUGGGGCCCCAAAGUCAUCGUUUGGCUCGCCUUUGUUGUCCUUUCUUUCCUGAUCCCCGACGAGUUCUUCCAGUUUUACGGCGCCUACAUAGCUCGCUUUGGGGGAAUGUUGUUCCUCAUCCUCGGCCUCAUCCUGCUUGUUGAUCUCGCACAUAAUUGGGCCGAAUACUGCCUCGAACAGAUCGAAGAUACUGAUUCCAAGGUCUGGCGGACAGUGCUCAUUGGCUCAACUUUGGGCAUGUACCUUGCCUCUCUUGCCAUGACCAUUGUCCAGUACAUCUUCUUCGCUGGGUCCGGCUGCUCCAUGAAUCAGGCGGCCAUCACCAUCAACCUCUUGCUCUGGAUUGCCAUUUCAUUCAUUUCGGUUCACCCCACAGUUCAGGAGUACAAUCCCAAGGCUGGCUUGGCCCAGGGCGCCAUGGUCGCCGUUUACUGCACUUACUUAACCAUGUCUGCCGUCUCGAUGGAACCGGACGACAAACAGUGCAAUCCACUGGUUCGUGCGCAAGGCACUCGGACGACUUCGGUUGUUAUUGGUGCCGUUGUCACAAUGCUUACCAUUGCGUACACCACCACGAGGGCUGCUACCCAGAGUCUUGGAUUAGGCUCCUCUGGCGGCAUCCGUCUUCCCGAGGAGGACGAACAUGACCUCGUCACCCAGCAGCCCAAUGGCCAUAAGCAGAUGCGAGCCGAGGCUUUGCGUCGUGCAGUUGAAGAGGGCAGCUUGCCGGCGGACGCCCUUUUGUCUGAUGACGAGAGCGAGGCCGGCGGCAGUCAUACUCACGGUGAUGACGAGCGUACAAGGACCCAAUACAACUACACUGUGUUCCACAUCAUUUUCUUCUUAGCAACGACAUGGAUCGCAACCCUGCUGACCCAAAGCUACGACGACCAGAAUGCCGAUGGUAACUUUGCCCCUGUUGGCCGGUCAUAUUGGGCUAGUUGGGUUAAGAUUGUCAGCGCCUGGGUCUGCUAUGCCAUGUACGCUUGGACAUUGGUGGCUCCGGUCAUUCUCCCUGACCGCUUCGACUUUUCAUGA